UUCUUGGAUUCGGUUCUGAUAUUUUAAUAGGAAUGCUUUCUUCGGUUCGUUGGGUUUUUUCUUGGAUUUUUAGUGUUAUACUAAUGGUUUCUUUGUUGCUAUGUUUGGGCCUGGGAUUUGUUCCUUCAACUUUGGAUUGUUUUUAGUGCAUCUGGACUGGAUUUGGUUGAAGUCAUUUUACCGAGCCUUCGUGGUGUUCGGGCCAUAAGUAUUUUGUAGUUCAUCCGUUGUGAUGAUGUGGGAACUGAGAGUUGUUUGUACCAUUUUCCUUUGUCACGAAACUGAAUUUAUGUUGUAUUUUCUUUUGGAGUUCGUGCGGAGAAACUUCCCUUUUUUUGGUAUUUUUAGUCGAAAGCUACUGAAAAGAAAGCAAUUUUGGUUUGUGUAUUUCUCGCAUAUAAGAAAGAUGGAAAUUUUGAUAUGCUCUUAAAGCCCAUUGAUAUUUCGGUGGCAUUAGUGUCAAGGACAUGUAGCAGUUGGUCUUCUUCCUCGUUGGAGCGCCCAUGAGGUGGAUGCAACAUCCCUACUGCUAGGAUCUGUGGCUGAAGUGUGGAGCAUGAAAGGGGUUUCUGAGGGUCUGAUCAUCGGGAUCACGGUUGGGGUUGUUAUUGGUGUGGUCCUGGCUGUUGGAAUACUGCUGUGCAUGAGGUAUCGGCGUUCCCAGGCGCAGAUAAGGAUUAGUAGCUCAAGGAGAGCCUCGGCAGUCCCCAUCCGUACCAAUGGUGUUAAUGCGUGCGCCAUGCUCUCGAACUCAACUACAGGGCAGGAGUCUCCGAGGGAGCUUGAAGACCGUGGGACUUCUCUGUGGCUUGAAGGGCCUGGUAGAAAGAGCAUGGUAUCAGCUUCUGGGAUACCCAAAUAUGCAUACAAGGAACUACAGAAAGCUACCAGCAAUUUCACAACAUUAUUAGGUCAAGGAGCCUUUGGCCCUGUUUACAAAGCUGACAUGCCUUCUGGUGAGAUACUGGCUGUUAAAGUGCUUGCUAACAAUUCAAAGCAAGGCGAAAAGGAGUUUCAAAAUGAGGUCUUACUUCUCGGGCGAUUGCACCACAGGAAUCUGGUGAAUUUGGUUGGCUAUUGUGAUGAUAAAGGGCAACAUAUGUUACUGUAUGCAUACAUGCCUAAUGGGAGCCUUGCAUCACACUUAUAUGGUGAAAACAGUGCACCACUGAAGUGGGAUCUGAGAGUAAACAUAGCCCUGGAUGUUGCUAGGGGUUUGGAGUACUUACAUGAUGGGGCUGUUCCUCCAGUAGUUCACCGUGACAUCAAAUCACCCAACAUUUUGCUGGAUCAGUCCAUGCAUGGUAGGGUUGCCGACUUUGGAUUAUCAAGAGAGGAAACGAUUACUCGAAAUGCAGCCAACAUACGAGGAACUUACGGAUAUCUUGAUCCAGAGUAUGUAUCCUCACGAUCAUUCACAAAGAAGAGUGAUGUAUACAGCUACGGUGUUCUGCUAUUCGAACUGAUUGCUGGCAGAAACCCACAACAGGGUCUAAUGGAAUAUGUUGAGCUUGCUGCAAUCAACGCUGAUGGGAAAACUGGGUGGGAGGAAAUUGCAGAUUCUCGAUUAGAAGGCGCAUUUGAUGUGGAAGAGCUCAAUGACAUGGCUGCUGUUGCUUACAGAUGUGUAAGCCGUGUCUCCCGGAAGCGCCCAGCCAUGCGAGACGCCGUCCAGGCGCUGACCCGUGUGUUGAAACAUAGCCGCAGCAGGAAGCAUCACAGUAGGAGGCAUCCACAGGCAAGGGCAGACGAUGAAUCUGUCGACUUGGAGGCGUCCGAGGUUCAGUCAUCGUUCUCUGGCCUUCAAAGACAGGAAUCAGUCGGCAGCGUCUCUGAUCUGCCAGAUGUCUGACGGAAAUUAACCAAAUUUUCCACUAUAGUUGUUCUUGGCAAUCUUUUCUUGGUUUGCGAAAUUGUUUUGUUUUGUUGAUACAAAAAAUACUAUGAUCAAGGACGGAACUAUUGGAUGGAGAUGCAGUUUUGAGCAGUAGGGGUGACUGGUGUGGAGGUCUGUCAAUUGUAAGUGUGUUGUAUAGAUCUGCAUUGUAACUACUUGAUAAAUAGAAAUUGAUUGUUACCA